GAAAAGAAUAAAAAAGAAAAGAAAAAACACAAAGGGGAAUAAAAAAAGGGGAAAAUAAAACCCUCCUCUACUUGCUGCAGAUACAGAGCGGCUUUGAUUUGCACUCAUUUCAUCACCGCAUCUUACCCAUGGAGAUGGCAAAGGGGAACCAUGGUGAUCAAAAGAAGAAGAAUAUGGAGAAAGUCCCAAGUCCCAGACGAGAAGACCUUCUCAAUGGAAAUCACAUGCUCGUUGGGUGGAGUGACAUCGGAGGAUUUCAUUGCCACCUAUGUCCAUUACAAUGUGCACACGCCACACUUCAAGGGGAAGGGAAAGGAGCAGCUGCCAGUGAAGUAUGGGAAGUGAAGGAAGACAUUUUCAGACUAUUGCAUGUAAAUAAAAGAGAUCAAAUGAAUGAUGAUGUGAGUUUCACCGAGUUAUAGACAUUUUUCAGUACUUUGAAACCUCUGGUUAGCGUAUUAAGCUUUCUAUUAUACUGUUCUGUGUUGCUAAAUCCAUAACCCUCAUUUGCUAUUGUGUUUUGUGUCUGUUUGUUUGUCUUUUCUUGGUUGUCAAAUGUCAUUUAUUUGAGUGCUUGUGACUCAUGAGAGUAGUAUUUCGUUUGGGAAAACUUCAAUUCAACUAUCUUAAUGCUAGAAUUCAACCAUUUUAUUGUAAAGUUAGAGACCAAUAAUGGAAUGAGCAGCUC